UGUUCCUGAAGCAAAUCAUUUUGAUGUUGGUUAUUAUUUAUUUAUCAAAUCACAAAUUAAUGAUGAUCUAAAAUAUUCUUUAUUAACUAAUCACUUCAAACCAGAUAACAAGUACAAAUUUCCAACAUUGAAAGGAGAAGACCGAAAUCGUCAUUUUCAGUUAAAAUGGUUAACUGAAAAUCCAUUUCUUGUUUAUUCGCCAUGUAUUGAAGGAUGCUAUUGUAUUAAUUGUGUUUUAUUUCCUAACGUAUUCGGUCAAUCAUUAGGUGUUUUUGUUGAAACACCCUGUUUUCUAUACAAACAUUUAAAACAUUAUUCAAAAACAGUUAAUCGUCACUCAAAAUCACAAUUUCAUAGAGGAUCAACGAUGUGUGCUGAUAAUUUCCGACGCACAUUUGAACAACCAUCAUUAUCAAUCGUUUCAUUGAUUGACAAAGAACGAUUUGAAUUAAUUGAACGUAAUAAAGCAGUACUGUUAUCAAUCAUUAAAAUUGUUAUCACUUGUGCUCGUCAAAAUAUGCCAUUACGUGGUCAUCGUGAAGAAAAACUAAUUGAUAUACGUAAAACAUUAAAUUGUGUUGACUCAUCAUCUGGCUCUAAUUUCGUAGCUUUACUAAAACAACGUGUUGAUUCAGGUGAUGAAGUUUUAAAAUGUCAUUUAGAAAACGGACCAAGAAAUUCAUCAUUUAUAAGCGGGUUAGUUCAAAAUGAAAUAAUUGAAUGUAUACAUGAAACUAUAUUGAAAAAUAUUUUACGUCGAAGUAAAGACUGCGUCUAUUGUAUUAUUGUUGAUGAAACAACCGAUACAUCAACUACUGAACAAAUUAGUUUUUCUUUACGAUAUUAUGAUGAAUCAACAAACGAUAUUCGUGAAGAUUUUAUUACAUUUAUUGAUACUGUUUCAUGUACGGGUGAAUCAAUUGCUAAUAUAAUUCUUGAUUAUUUAAAACGUUAUGGUUUACCACUUGACAAUUGUGUACAUUUAUAUACAUGCGCGAUAUCUUUAAAUGAAGAAAACGUGAUUGACGUGGAUGAAGUCAUAUUUGUUCACGAUAAAGCACCGUGUAUGAAAGCAAAUAUGACUCAACAAUUGAUAAAAGACAACAAUAUCAAGUUUUGGGGUAACAUUAUUUGGCCCGGAAAUUCACCUAAUCUAAACGUAGCUGAACACAUUGGAACAAUAAUCAAAGAUGAAGUUGAUAAAAGAAUGCUGUCAGAGACUGGAAGUGAUCGGUAUAGCGAAGAAACAUUGAAAAAAUAUAUCGUCGAUGUUUUGCAAAACAUGGAAACAGACACAGAACUUUUUGAAAACCGUUUACGUUCAUACCCCUCAAGAUUACGUGCUGUGAAAAAAGCGAACGGUGGUCACACAGAUUAUUGA